UAUGACACAGCCCACCUACCUAGCAAACUCUCCAUUUCCAACUCUUCUUUUGCCGCCUUCAUCAUCGUCACCACUCGUUCUUGAUCUGAAACAGAGUCGAAAUCUGUUAUGGGUACCAAAACCCGCCAGCUCCAUGUAUUCUUCUUUCCCUUUAUCGCCCCUGGCCAUAUGAUACCAAUGUUAGACAUGGCCAAGCUAUUCACAACCCGAGGUGUCAAAGCAACCAUAAUCACCACCCCGUUCAACGUCCCUAUAGUUGUGAAAACGAUUGAAAGAACCAAAACUCGCGGUAAUGGCGUCGUCAAGAUUGAUAUCCAAACCAUUGAGUACCCAGCAGUGGAGACUGGCCUCCCAGAAGUGUGCGAGAAUACUAACUCCAGGACUAUCCAUGAAAAGAUGACCAGUUUCAUCACGGCCCCUGCGAUGCUCCGGCAACCACUCGAGCAACUACUGCAAAAUCAUGAUGAUCAUCCUCAUUGCAUUGUUGCUGACAUGUUCUUUCCGUGGGUAAUUGAUGCAGCCGCUAAAUUUGGUAUCCCAGUGCUUGUUUUUAAUUCAACCAGUGUUUUUUCUACGUCCGCAGGGGUGAGCAUGCGACAGUACGAGCCUCAAAUGAAAGUUUCAUCUGAUUCUGAACCAUUCGUCAUCCCUAAUUUUCCUGACGAGAUAAAGUUGACAAGAAUGAAACUGACAACCUUCAGUGAUAACAAAUACGUUCAAACAUUAUUUUCCGACUUCAUGAAAGAAGUUGGAGAAUUCGAGGUGAGGAGCUAUGGGGUUGUUUUGAACAGCUUCUACGAGCUCGAGCCAGAUUAUGCAAAUCAUUACACAAAGGUUUGCGGAAGAAAGGCAUGGUAUAUAGGCCCAGUUUCACUUUGCAACAAGGAGGCUGAAGACAAAGGUCAGAGGGGAAAAGAAUCCUCCAUUGAUAAACAUGAAUGCUUGAAGUGGCUUAACACAAAGAAUAUCAAUUCAGUUGUUUAUAUAUGUUUCGGAAGCUUGUCUAACUUCAAUGAUUCUCAGCUAAUGGAGAUUGCAAUGGGUCUUGAGGCUUCUGGGCAGCAAUUCAUCUGGGUUGUGAGGAAAGACAAAAAAGAAAAAGAAGAUGAAGAUUGGUUACCCAAGGGAUUUGAGAAGAGAAUGGAAGGUAAGGGACUGAUUAUAAGAGAUUGGGCACCCCAAGUUUUGAUUUUGGAUCAUGAAGCAGUGGGAGGAUUUGUGACACAUUGUGGGUGGAACUCGAUAUUAGAAGGAGUGACUGCCGGGGUGCCUAUGGUGACAUGGCCUACGUUUGGUGAUCAAUUUCUCAACGAGAAAUUAGUGACUGAGGUAUUGAAGAUUGGGGUUCCUGUUGGUGUUCAACAAUCAUGUUUUGAAAUGAGUGGGAAUGAUAUUCCUAUCAAGAAGGAAGCAAUAGAGAAGGCAGUGAGGCUACUCCUGGAAAGUGAAGAUCAAGCAAAGGAAAUGAGAAGCAGAGCCUAAGAACUUGGGAAGAUGGCAAGGAGAGCCUUUGAAGAAGGUGGAUCAUCUUAUUCCCAUUUGAAUGCUUUAAUUGAAAAGUUAAAGGCCCUUGAUAGUUAGUAUGUUGGAAUGAACUAAGCGAUAUGGAUAAUAUCUCAACUAUCUUUCUGCAUUGGAUUAGGUUUUAUUAAUUUUUAUGAGUCUGUUUUUUAGA